AUGAACAGCGUAGAAUUAGAAGUAAAUUUAACUUCUAAAUCCUCUGAUACAGAUAGUAAAUCGAUCUUAAAUUUUGAUUUAAUUUCAUUAGUGAUCAUCACUUCUUCAAUAAUUUCUGAGGCAUUGUUUGAUAAUUUGUUAUCAAAAUUACAUCUAAUAUUAUUUGAGAGUCUAUUAAAUCCAGAUAGUUGA